GGCUCAGAGAACAUCAAAUUAGAUUGUGGUCUGUGAAAAUAUGUUGCAAGCUAUCAAGUACUGCACAAAUACAUGUGGUUGAGAUGGGUCUUAUCUCUUUCAGUGGUGUGCCUCAACGGAGGGACAUGGAAUGGGAAGGCCUGUGAAUGUCCCCCUGGCUUUGGAGGAGAGAAGUGCCAGUCUAAGACAGAGGUCUGCCAGAAUGGAGGCUCCUGGGAUGGAAUCAAGUGUGUGUGCACCAGCCUCUACCAGGGGCCGAAGUGUGAGGAGGUGGUCUCCAGCAUCGAGAUAAAACCUCCGGACACUGUCUUUGCCGAGAUGAAACUGAGUGUAACAGUGACCAGUGUGAAUUAUACCGACAACCUACAAAACCGGUUUUCUCCAGAGUUCCAGAAUUUCAAUAAAUUAUUCACAGAACAGAUGGACCUAGUUUAUGCCGACAUCAGGGAGUAUGAAGGGGUUAACAUCACACAAUUGAUUCGUGGCAGUGUGGUGGUGAAGCAUGACGUCCUCCUGAAGGCCAAUUUCACCCCGGAAUACGAGACAGUUUUAAAGAGUGCCACCAAGAAGAUAGAGCAAAAAAUUAACAAUAUAACCAACGAUCAACUAAUGAAGGAUAAUAACUGCACAAGCAUACUGUGCUUCAAAGAGAACUCCACCGAGGUGCAAAACAUUUCAAUUGCCCACUACGAUCCUGGAGAGGAAUGCCGGAGGAAAGCUGGGAAAGACUUUGCUAAGUACUUCAUCUUGGCAUACAAGAACCAGAUACCGGUGUGCAUUAGCCCCUGUGAACCUGGCUUCAAUGUCUCCAUGAACUGCAACUUUGGGAAGUGCAUGGUGGAACGCAGCGGCCCACGUUGCUACUGCCUGACCACAGACACUGAGUGGUACAGGGGGGAAACCUGCGAGUUUAGCACCAAGAAGAGCCUGGUGUAUGGGCUCCUGGGGGCAGCAGGUGCAGUGAUACUGAUUGUCCUUGUCAUCAUCCUGGUGUUCAUGUUCCGCUCCAGGAGAGAGGUGAAAAGGCAGAAAUCGAAAGUCACUCAGUUGUACAAGUGGCACGGGGAAGAUGGUGAACCAGUCCAUGGGACCUUCCAAAACAUUGGCUUUGACACCUGUGAAGACCAAGCGAAGUCUAUUGACCUGGACUCCAUCUAUAGUAACUUCCAGCCCACCUUGGACCACAUAGACUCUAACGCAAAGGUAAAAAUUCAGAGGCCUCAGGUGAAGAUAACAUCACUUUGAGGCACAGGCAAUUUCACAUGGAGCUGUGGGGCUGGAAGUGAGGAGACCUCAGUUCAGCUAAGUUUGAUGGAACUUUUCCACAUUGACAGCAUUCUACAGAAACAUAAUAAGGAACAAAGAGGAAAGGAGAGAGACCACAGUUCUGAGACUGAAAGAAGGAACUCCUACCUUUUUGA